UUAAAACUUGUAACCCCUGAGCGUGAGUCAGUCUCUGACUCUCUUCAAAGUCCCAAAAUUCAUAUAGUGCAUUCAAGGGAAACCCACUUUUUGAUUCUUCUGUUUUCUACAGUUGUGAGAGCGGAAGCACAAAAUGCGUUCUGCCGGGUUCAGAGCCAAUGCGUUGCUAACCUUCGCUGUCACCAUCCUGGCGCUAAUGUGUGCCAUCGUCUCUUUCUCGGACAAUUUCAACUCUCCCACUCCCACAGCCCAAGUCCAGGUAUUGAACAUCAAUUGGUUCCAGAAAAAACCCGACGGCGAUGACGAGAUCAGUUUGACACUGAAUGUAUCAGCAGAUUUGCAGUCACUGUUUACCUGGAAUACAAAACAGGUUUUUGUGUUUUUGGCAGCCGAAUAUGAAACCCCAAAGAAUGCCCUGAAUCAGGUUUCAUUGUGGGAUGGUAUUAUAACUGCUCAAGAGCAUGCAAAAUUUUGGAUCCACACCAAAAAUAAGUACAGAUUCAUUGAUCAGGGAAGCAAUCUCCGUGGUAAAAGUUUCAACCUUACAUUGCAUUGGCAUGUUAUGCCAAAGACGGGCAGAAUGCUCGCUGACAAGCUUGUUAUUCCUGGCUUCUUCUUGCCAGAGACAUACAGAUGAGUCUGGUGUUUUGCCUGUUGGUCAUUUUUAAUGUAAUUUUUAGCCCCAUCACUUGAUGGAAUGAGGACAGUUUCCAAGACACUAGGUUGGAAAGAAAGGUUAAAGGAUGUGCAACAACAGAACUUCAUUGGCUAUCAUAGUAUCAUCAUAUCAUGACAAUUUAAAUGCUGCAUUUUGGUCUUGUUUGGUUUGGGGAUUUCAGAGGAAGGGCUGGAAUGGUUAAAUCGGUUCCA